AGUGUGCGGCAAAGGGAGGAGGAGGAGGAAGGAGGGAGCGAGGAAGGGAGGCAGCUUUCAACAGUUGAGGAGGAGACGCGACUCAUUCAGAUUAUCUUCAAUCAUCUCGCACCUUAUUUUCUCUCCGCGACUCGUCUUCUCCGCCGUGCAACAGAUAAGCCUGGCCGCUGAUGGAUGCAAAGAGGAGCGCCUUCAAAUCGGACUGGAUUAUGGGAUUAGUGGACUGAUUAGUGGACCCCCAAAAAAAGGGAAAAAAAAGUGGCCGCUGUGGAUGCUCCUCGGCGGAGAAAGGGCAGGAACACACAAAAGGUUGCGCCGGAGAGAGAGAGCGGGGAGGAGGGGGAGAAGCGAGCCGCUGCAGCCCGGGCUCCAUGCACACUUUCCUGGAGGAGGAGAGACGAUCAGCCCCCCGUAUGCAACAGUGUGCCGCACCGGAGACAAAAGUCACAAUGAACGGUAACACGGAGCGAUGGUGCAUUUUGGAGCUUUGCAGGGUGUAGAUGUCGCAUGAGGGCAAUGCGCCGGUUUUUUCCACCUUUUCCCCUCUCUUUUUCCCAUUUAAAAAGCCACGCUCUUAACCUUCACCAUGCUUUAACCUUGGACGCAGAGGGGAAUAUUAAUACUUUAUUCUCAUCGAUUAUUCAUUGUGGGAGCCCCCCCGGAGAGGGAAAACAAAGCAUUCCGAUGUUGAAUUUGAUCUUUAAUUCAUGCACGGGGUGUCGUCGGUCGGUCAUCUUUGUUUACAGAAAGAGUUCAUCAUCGCAAAGCGGCAUGUGAGAGAGCUAAUGCCCAUUAAAGGGGGUCCACAAAUCGAUUUUCUAUCCAAUUAGUCCUGCAGCCACAGUCCUGCUUUGGAUUUAGUGCUCUAAAGGUUUUGCGGAAUAAUCAACAGGUUGAAAGUCAAGAUUUUUUUCCUCCCUUCUUUCCUGUGUGCCAGUACUGCAUAUCAAGCUGAAGGGAUGCGUCUCUCUGUUCCCAUAUUCCUUCUGCUGUGGGUUAAAGCCCUGACAUUGAAAAACCUCAGUUAUUCUGUCCCGGAGGAGCAAGGACCCGGCACAAUCAUAGGUAAUAUUGCAAAAGAUGGCAGCUACGGGACCCUGGAGAGAGGGAAAAAAUCGAACUUUAGAGUCCUGGAAAAUUCUGCACCACACCUGGUGGACGUUGACCCGGAGAGUGGACUUAUUUUCACCAAACAAAGGAUCGAUCGGGAGACCUUAUGCAGGCGGAACCCAAAGUGCCAGCUCUCCAUGGAGGUGUUUGCCAACGACAAGGAAAUAUGCAUGAUAAAGAUUGACAUACAGGACAUAAAUGACAAUUCUCCCAGUUUCCCCUCUGAUCACGUUAACAUUGAUAUCUCAGAGAAUGCAGCCGCGGGCACACGCUUCCCGCUGACUAUUGCACAUGACUUGGAUACCGGGGAGAACGGGAUAAAGACUUAUCAGGUCACCAGAGAUGAUUACAAUACAUUUUCAUUGGAUUUAAAAGUAAGGGGGGAUGGAACUAUUUAUCCAGAGCUGGUGGUUCAGAGACCUCUGGAUCGGGAGGACCAGAGCCAUCACACCCUCCUCCUCACAGCAAUUGAUGGAGGGGAAUAUCCGAGAUCAGGCUCCAUGCAAAUAAAUGUCAGGGUGACUGAUUCCAAUGACAAUAGCCCUAUUUUUGAGAAAUCCUCCUAUGUACUGGAACUCCCGGAGAAUUCCCCGCCUGGAAAAGUACUCCUUGAUUUGAACGCCACUGACCACGAUGAGGGAAGCAACGGCCAGGUGGUUUACUCCUUUACAGGAUAUGCGUCUGAGCGAAUACAAGAUUUGUUUGCUAUAGACCCCAACACUGGUGUCAUCAAGGUCCAAGGGGAAAUUGACUAUGAGCAGAAUCCAAUCAUCGAGUUUGAUGUGCAGGCGAAAGACCUUGGUCCCAACCCCAUACCGGGCCAUUGUAAAAUUACUGUCAAAGUAUUGGACAAAAAUGACAACUCGCCAAUAAUUAGUUUUGUUUCAGUGCGGCAGGGGGCAAUCAGCGAGGCGGCGCCCUCCGAAUCUGUCAUCGCCCUGGUGAGAGUGACGGAUAAAGAUUCUGGCCGAAACGGUCAGCUCCAGUGCCGCGUGCUGGGAAAUGUUCCCUUUAGACUGCAGGAGAACAAUGACAAUUUCUACACGCUGCUCACCGACAGACCUUUGGACCGGGAAUCGAAGGAUGAAUACAAUGUCACCAUUGUGGCCAGAGACAAUGGUAUCCCCUCUUUGAACUACACCAAGUCCUUCACUGUGAAAAUCUUGGACGAGAAUGACAAUGCGCCCCGCUUUACAAAGGCCCUUUAUGUGCUACAGGUGCCUGAAAAUAACAUCCCAGGGGAGUACUUAGGCUCUGUUCUGGCCCACGACCCAGACGUAGGCCGCAACGGAACGGUGACCUACUCCAUUAUGCCGUCGCACAUAGGCGACGUGUCUGUCUAUACAUACGUGUCUGUUAACCCCACCAAUGGAGCCAUAUACGCGUCACGCUCUUUUAACUACGAGCAGACUAAAUCCUUUGAGUUCAAAGUUCAGGCUAAAGAUGGAGGCUCCCCUCACAUGGAGAGCACCUCCACCGUCAGGGUCAACAUCCUUGAUGUCAACGACAAUCUCCCUGUGAUUAUUUUGCCUCUUCUGCAAAAUGAUACAGCGGAAAUCCCAGUGCCUCGAAACGUCGGUAUAGGGUACAUUGUGGCUACGGUGAAAGCGGUCGACCACGAUCACGGGGAAAGCGGACAUUUGACCUACGAGAUUACAGAGGGCAACGAAGACCACCUGUUUGAGAUGGAUCCGAUCGGGGGCGAGGUCCGAACCACCCAUGCUCUUUGGGAAGAGGUGUCACCUGUGGUGGAGUUGGUGGUUAAGGUAACGGACCACGGCAAACCGCCGUUAUCCGCCGUGGCAAAGCUGGUCAUUAAAGCAAACACGGAAACAGUGACAGGUGGUGGGGGCUCCGGCGUGAGCGGCGAGCAGCAACACUGGGACGUAUCCCUACCCCUCAUCAUUACCCUCUGCAUUAUCUCUGUCUUGCUCUUAGCAGUCAUGACCGCCAUCGCUGUCAAGUCCAAGCAUCAAGAUAAGGAGAUCGGGAAUUAUAACUGCCGCAUGCCCGAGUACUCCAAUCCUCCAACGGGGAAGGGCAAAAAGAAGCGGAUCAACAAGAGUGACAUCAUGCUGGUGCAAAGCGAGAUGGAGGAAAGAGAUUCGGCCAGCCGCAUGAACGUGGUGAGCAGCCCCUCGCUCAUCACCUCUCCCAUAUGCUUCGACUACCAGACCCCCCUGCCGCUCACGCUGCCCAGGUCCGAGGUCAUGUACCUGAAAACCACCCCCAACAGCCUGACGGUACCCAGAGCGGGCUGCCACUCCAGCUUUGCCGGGCUGAGCACCGACACUCCUGCAAACAGGAUGUCAGUCAUACAGACUGAAAACUUCCCCUCGGAGCCCAAUUAUGCUGGCAGCAGGCAGCCGUUUGUUCAAAGCUCUACAUUUAAGGAUGCAGAGCGAGCGAGCCUGCGAGACAGUGGCCAUGGUGAUAGCGACCAGGCUGAUAGUGACCAGGAUACUAAUAGAGGCUCCCAGUGUGACACGUCUGCCAGGGAGGCCCUCAAGAUGAAAGCCACAUCAGUUAAUGGGCAGCCUUUUGAGCAGGAACAAGACAAAUCAGUCCACUGCACCGACGAGUGUCGCGCACUGGGACACUCUGACAGAUGCUGGAUGCCAAAGUUACGGAUCGGAAGCCAAGCGGACAGCGCCGAUAAUCGUACCAACCUUUUCAUCCCCGUGGGAAUGGACGCCAUGGUAGAGACAGAGAUUUAUGGCACCAUCAGCCGCGGCGGCCGGAAAGCCCUCAGCACCUUCGGGAAGGAGCAGCGGGACAGCACCAUCCUCGUGGCCAACGUCAAGCCGUACUUAAAAUCGCAGCGGGCGCCGUGCCCGCCCCUGCAGGAGAGUCCGCCGGCCCCCGGAAGUCCCACGAAGAGCGGGACGGCUCUGGACUCUGAGGAGCGAGAGGUCAAGGAAGAGAGGGAGGGGGGCUCAGACAGCAGUGCCUACGGCCCGCCAGAUGGCCAGUGCUCCCCGCUGCACACCGAAUUGGAGGAGCCCUCCUACCUGACCUGCGAGCUCCGCCCUAAGGCGCUGUCCAGCAGCCUCAUUCACAGCUCCGUCAUUAGCCAGGAGUGCGGCGUGUCUGAAUACGAGACGCCAGACUCGGGGAACUGACACGGCUGACCCCGUCCAUAACACCCCCCUCCCCCCGCCCACACACACAUGCUCUUGGCCGACAAGCGUGUAAUUGGGGCGGAUUGUUUUUCUUUUGUUGUUGUUUCUUUGGGGUCCGAACAUUGUAUAACCAAAAAUCAUCUGCUUUGUGUGUUUCUUUGUUGUUUUUUUUUGUUCAUUCAGUGACUUGAAGGGAUGGGCUUUUCAUUUUUGACAACUACGGGAAAAAUGAAGGGUCGAUUAAUUAAAAAUUGAUUCUGUUUCAGUAUUGGCAUCUCUCACUGAAUGUUCUGAACUCCUGUUUCCAUGUCCGUGUUGUAUUAAGCUGAAUAACUCGUGCCUGUAGCUCAACGUCCCAAAUCAUUGAUUUUCAUUUUGUAUCUUGAGGGGGCCUUUGGGAUGUUCAUUUUUCAUAACAUUGCACAUUUUCCAAUGUGAUCCACUUGAAUUUAUAUCGCACAUUUAACGACCAAAACUAAAAUACAGCUCCAAUAGGUUCAUUGUGUAUUAUUUGUAUUAAAGGGUAGGUAUAAUAAUUGAAGUUUUAAAUCCAUAAGAUGACAAAAAAGUUGACCUUUAAUGUAUAAAAUAUGGAGUUUUAGAACUAUACUUAUACUUUUCUAAAAACUCAAACACACUUUACAGUAAGCAGAAUUAAUACAAUAGAAAAGGGAAUGCAUAUAGAAAAUUCAGUCAUUCACCUAAAAACAGAAAAAACUAAGCAUUGAAUAAAAUACACAUUUUUCAGAUAAAACAUAGAAUACAAUUGUAGGUUUAAAGUAAAAUGUAUCAGGUAAAAAAAACCUAAACUAUUAUAUCUAAAAUGGAAUAAUAGAAAAUAAACAUAUACACUGGAAUUAAUCCAUUUCAUUAAAAAUACAAAUGAAGCAUUUAAAUAAUCAAAUUAAUAACAAACCAUUAAUACAAGUAAAUAUAAAAAAACCCAAUGAAUUAAUUAGGAAUAAAAAAAUAAAUAAGAAUAAAAAUGCCGCAUUGACCCAAGUAUAAGACAAGUAUUUAUUUAGUUUGUUGUAUACCUGCACAUAUAAACACCAAGAACAACAUUACGUUCUCUUCAAUUGUGUUCUAAAAUAUAUAUUUUCGGUGGGUCUUUCAAAAAGAGGGGUUGUCUUAUAUUCUGGCCAAGGAAAAGACAUAAUCAUAUCACUCUCAUGGUGGGUUUUUUGAAAAUUAAUGCACGCAUCUCUAUUUCAUGAAAUAUCAAGAUAUGAUUAAAAAUUAUUCGAUUCUGAAAAUAAUCCCAAAAGUAAAGUGAAGAAUAAAACUAACAUUUUGCAUUUUCAGCAGCUGAUUCUGUUCAAGAAAUGGGUUUUAUUAAUGGUUAUUUUGUAUUUAUCAGACAACAGCAAGCUGCGCUGAGAAUAAAUCGGCAUUCCAAGUAAUUCAUCAAUUUCAAACCAUCCACCAGCCUCUUCACGAUCACCUGAGUGAAUAGUUGAUCAUCAUGCCCAUCCCUAUUGACUUGUUGUGUUCCAGUGAACAUUGUGUCCUUGCUGUGAAGGUUUGCGGGCCAAUCAAGUGCGUUCCUGACUUUCAGAGUGUUUCCAUGGUGUACUGUAUCUGUCAGUUUAGAUGUCUGUAGUUUACACAUUUGGAGCGCCAAAACUCCUGUGGCUGUUGGAACAAAAAUCGCUACUGUUAAGCUAUAGAGUCCUGUCUGCUUUUGUACGGUGAAGCUAUCUGUCUCCAUUUAGUGUUUGAAGGAGCAUCACUUUGAAGAAUCAAAAGGCCAACGACAUAUCACAUAUCAGUGGUGUUAAUUACAAAAAAAAAAAGUGAAGUGUCUUAUGAACUGUCAAUGGUGGUGCAACAGGGGAUGUCCCUUUUCAUAAAAAAAAACAAAAAACAAACAUUAAAGGUUCCUAUGAAAUGAUUUUUUUAAGAAUGUAUUUGUAAUUUUAUUGUCGUCCUAUCUGCUGUUUAUGUGGAAAAUAAGCUGGGCUUACACGUGAAUGUGGGCUACUGUACUGUACCUGUGUAUUUUAUUAAAUUUGUAUACACUGUG